ACUAGUCACACGACAGUAUAUCAUCCUGUGGAAAAUGGAUACACUGAAAGCUUACACAUCAUAUGGUAUAUCAAGUAGAAUGAGAUAGUAACGUUGUGUUGCGUUAUGACGCCACCACGCGCAAACGUGUCACGAGGCUGCUUUUUGGUAGCAUUAUUUGACGGAAUCGUCUCAAGCAAAUCUUGGCGAAUAAAAUUAUUCGAAGAUUUCCCUAUAAGUACAAAAAAUAAACAUUUGGAUUCAAGGCUUAUACAUUCCAUACUGAAAAACACCAUCUUGAAAAUGAACGUGUUGCUAUUCCUGCUGGUACAGUUAACCCCACUAGCCGCAAUGGACUUCAGCGAACUAUGUGUUGGAUCAAAUAAUGCCUUUUCCCGGUGGUGCCAUGCCUUCUCAAGUUUCUACGAUGCAGCCGCUGCAAAAGAGAAUGCGCUUGAUCUACCCGAUAACGCGUGGCAAGAUUACAAGAGAGGGGGUGAGAGAGAUCGCCAUAUGAUGAGGUUUGGACGAAGUUUGUUAGAUAAAGACAAACGCACUAGAUAUAUCCGUUUUGGACGAUCCGUUGAUUCUUCCUUAGAUUCCCCCAGGGACGCAAUGUUAACGCAAGCUCUCAUGGGGUUUGGAGAAUCAGAUGCACGCCAAAAGAGGGCCCUUGGAGGGCAUUACAUGCGAUUUGGACGCUCUGUAAACCAUGUGCUAAAUGUAGAUAAAAAACUGAUCGAAAAUGAAAUAUCUAAAGAUGACAAUAAUUAUGACAAACGUUUCAUGAGAUUCGGAAAGAAAGAUGGUGAAGACGAAAAACGUUUCAUGAGAUUCGGAAAGAAAGAUGGUGAAGACGAAAAACGUUUCAUGAGAUUCGGAAAGAAAGAUGGUGAAGACGAAAAACGUUUUAUGAGAUUUGGAAAGAAAGACAGUGACGACGAAAAACGUUUCAUGAGAUUUGGAAAGAAGGAUGGUGAAAAUGAAAAACGUUUCAUGAGAUUCGGAAAGAAAGAUGGUGAAGACGAAAAACGUUUUAUGAGAUUUGGAAAGAAAGACGGUGAAAACGAAAAACGUUUCAUGAGGUUUGGAAAGAAAGACGGUGAAGACGAAAAACGUUUCAUGAGAUUUGGAAA